UAGUUUGUAAGUUUACGAAAGGCUUCCAGUAGAUUCCGAAUAAAGUAAGUAUAUUCUAUUGACGUUACUUUUGUGUAUAAAACAUCGUCUAAAGUUGAGUGAAUUACUACAUCAUUUUAUUUAAAAGUAAAAAUGGCAGAAGGAAAAUUACCAAAGCCUCAGCUUCGUGAUCUUCAUCUUUCAAGAGUUAGAAGGACUUUGGGAAUAGCGGCAUUACUUUGUACUUUUACUGGCAUGAGUUGGAAGAUUUUAGUUACUGAUAGAUAUGAACGAAAAGCUGAAGAAUUUUAUAAAACUUAUGAUCCAAUGAAAUCAUUACAAAUAAUGAAUGAAGCUGGACUUAUGGAAUCUUAUAAUUAAAUAAUUAUUUUAUAGAUAAAUAUUAUAUAUACGAAUAAAAUAAUAGUGAUAUUA